ACCUUUUUCUAUGUGUGUAGCGCCCUCUGUUGUUAUAGCCGUGAGUAACACUUUUCUGCUUGCCAGUGGCCCAAUUCUCCCGCAGUUUUCUCCUUUUCUCAUCCUCGUUAGACCAUUGCUGAAAUUUUAGCUUUCGGUGUUUAUGUUGCUGAAUUUCUGGGGCUACCAACUUUAUCCAUAGUAAGUUACUCUGAAUAGCCAGAAGUAUGUCAGAGGUUAAGGAUGUUGCUGCAUCGGUUCGCUCCCCUAGGACAGAAUCCUUCAACUUUGGACCCUGGACAAUCACGUCAGUCAAGGGACACAUCCUCAAAUCCCAACAACUUGAAAGGUAUCAUCAGGAACUUGAACUGCCUCAGCUGCCAGAGAUGCUCUUUGGAGACAAUGUCCUGAAAAUCCUGAACACUGGAGGCUAUGGGAUGGAGUUUAAUGCGUUGGACUCAAUGAAGCGGGUUGAUGCACACAAUGCCCCAUUCAAGGUUGCCGCUGCACAAAAAUGGCAGGAAGCGAGGAGUGACUGUGAGUUCAUCAAUAAAGUUGUCAAGCCCUUUGACUGGACCUACACCACAGACUACAAAGGGACUCUGCUUGGAAAUUUACAGGAAUCGCCGACGGAUCAGAGGAUAGACAUGGAGAAGCUGAAAGUGCGUGAGAAGAUCCACUUCUAUGAGGAGAUGACGUUAUUUGAAGAUGAGCUGGCGGACAAUGGGAGUGCAUCACUCACAGUAAAAAUGAGAGUUAUGCAGUCCUGUUUCUUCAUUUUGCUGAGGUUCUUUCUCCGUGUGGACGAUGUCCUCAUCAGGAUCCAUGACACAAGAAUCUAUCACGAGGCAGGAGAGAGUUACAUCCUUCGGGAGUUCACCUCGCGAGAGAAGAGUAUAUCGGACCUGAAAGUAGAGCCCUCCCUCUACACCAAUCCUACAGAGAUUGCCGAGCACUUGGACAUCACGGCCGAACAGUACGACAGAAUAGACUUCCCACAAGCCGACAGCGAGAUGACGUGACAAACGUAACCGGUUCCUCUGUUUUUUGUAAAUUUUAGAGACAUUCUGUGGAUCUCUACUGGCAUAAAAGGGUGCAGCACAAGAAAUUCAGAUCACACAAAAAAAAAAUUGAAAAUGUGGAGGCAUCCUAAACGAAUUUUUCGCAAAGUUGAUGGAGAUGCUUCACUUUGCAUAAUUUCAUUGGCCGUGUCCAAAUCGGUGGCUACGGCU